AUGCAGGUGAUGGAAGGCACCGACGAAGGGGAGGCACCAGGUGACAGUGCGUAUCUGAUUCAAAGUCGGAACGAGAUCCCGACCGUUGUGGCUAUCUAUGCAUGCUCAUGGAGGACCAUCGUGGACAAGCAUGAAGAUCCCCCCGCUCGGGAUCACCUCCCGAUGGUCGAGAUGCCUAGUACACAGGGGUGA